CCUGUGGAAUUAUGACACAUAAAAAAUCCAUGACCAAUAUAUUUAUCUUUGUUUACUUACAUAAUAGUUUUCGCUUAGCUGUGUGUACUGUGCUAUUAUCAAUGGAGGGCAUCACCAAAUGGUAUCAAAACACAAAUAGCAUAUUCUGAAACUUAUGCUACUUCACCCAUUGAUUUUGAACUUUUUCUAGCAGGUACAGCAGAUUCACCCGGCAAAACAGACCGAUCUCACCAACUGCACGCCAUGGCAUCCCGGUCACAGUACAUCCCAGCAAACGUCAAGGGCCAUCGGCACUUCAGCUAUGGAGGAGAUAUCAUUCCUGAGAAUGUUUCUAUAACAGAGUAUUAUGAUCUGACUUCUCUCAAGAAGAGCAAGCUUCGGCGUAAUGAUGAGCUUGUUCCCAAACCUCCGGAAAUUGAUGUCACUGAGAAGGUGAUAAAGGUUCCUGUUCCGAGGGAACAUCCGUACGCUUCCCACAUCCCUCGCUGUGCCGUGUUCCCUUACUCCCGCUCCUCUGACAACGCCAGCCACAAUGCAGUCACGCUGCGCAAUAAGACGAUUGGUACUUCUUGCCGCCAAGAGGUACUGAUGAAACACACAGAGCCUAUGGUCUGGCCAGGACAGCAGGGUUUCUAUGAUUAUCCAAAGCAGAUGACAGGUGCAAGGCAGGUAUUCUAUCCUGCUCCCCCAAAGAUAAUGUGCCCUAACCCUUCUCUGAGUGCCAGAGAGACUGCACUGUCUGCACAGAACUUUCACAUGUUCCAAAACUGGGAGAAGAGCGUAUAUCAUACCACCUACCAGAGGGGAUACCCAGGAAUUGAACCCUUGCCCUUUGAUGAAAAGACCACAGACAUUAUCACGAAGGAUGGAACUCCCAGAACAGAGAAGCAGCUCCCCCACGUAGCCUCAGGGCGUGUCACAGAGAUGGGACCUGGCCUGAGCUUGAGUGAGCUGCAGAGCUCCUACAGUAAGAGUGACGCCCUCCGUGACUUCCACAAGUCCACUAAUGAAGCCAUGGUGGACCUGCGGGACCACAUGCGCACGGGGAAACGAUUCCACUUCCAAGGAAUGUGCUCCCACUAUUUCCGUAAUACCACUGCUGUACCGUUGCCUGUUGCCUGAGCAUAUAUUACCAGAAGCCUCCUUCAGCCCCUCCACAUCAAAUAAGAGCAAAUAAAAAUAAAAUGUGUUUGAAGGUUUAUGAAUUUUUAAAACUAAUAUCUCUGAUUAUUUUUUGGAUUUCAUAUUUCACUAUGGGACUGUAUAAUCUUUUUAGGAAAAGGUAGAAUGGUAUUUGAAAUGCAUCUGCAUUUUUCAAUGUAUGAUACAUCAUACAUGAUUUAUGGUGUCUUGCCACCUUUUUCCAAAAACAUUACAGUAACAUUCUUGUUGCACUGGUGCAAUUAAUGAAAGUGAGGAAAUAAAUAAAUGUAGGACUGCUUGUUUACUUU